UCACGCAGUGAUUGCCUCCCUCCGACGUCUCUGAGUCCAGUCUGGUCUAGCGACAGUCAGUACAGUUCGGAGUAGAGAGGAGCAGAGCAGCGAAUAUAACUCUGUUAAUUGUGUUACACGACCCAGAGGACGGAUUCCUCUUCAGACAUCAGGACCAGUCUGAUCACGUUCGGUCUCAUCCGGAUUUAGUCAACUUCAUCCAUUGAGUCUUCUGUCCGUGGAGACCAGUCCAGCGUUUCAAGCUGGACGGAGGAGAGACGAGCGGGGCCGAGGGCCCUGCCUUCGUGCUUCGACACAGAACUUCAAACCUCAUUGAGCACACGACAGACAGCACGCCUACAGAUCCCAUGAGUCCCCGGGAGAGAGGAAACACACCCACCUCAGGUCCUUCAACCAGUCACCUCAGCACCUCAGAGUGCCCCUCACACAAUGGGAGUGUCCCAGAGCGCGGUGAGGAGAAAAGAAUAAAUGAAGAGGGUGACAGAGGAAGAGAAGGAGAGGAUGAGGAGGAGGAGGAGGAGGAGAAGGAGAAGAGCAGUGAUGAAGGUUUCAUGGGAAUGACUCCGUUGCUGCAGGCUCACCACGCCAUGGGGAGGAUGGAGGAGUUUGUACACAAGGUGUGGGAAGGCCGGUGGCGCGUCAUACCUCACGACGUGCUCCCCGAUUGGCUGAAGGACAACGACUUCCUGCUUCACGGCCACAGGCCACCCAUGCCUUCGUUUCGCGCCUGCUUCAAGAGCAUCUUCAGAAUCCACACAGAGACUGGAAACAUCUGGACACAUCUGCUAGGCUGUUUGUUUUUCCUCUUUCUGGGUCUCAUGUACAUGUUCAGGCCCAACAUGUCAUUCGUGGCUCCGGUCCAGGAGAAGGUGGUGAUCGGGAUGUUUUUCCUGGGAGCCAUCCUCUGCCUCUCCUUCUCCUGGCUCUUCCACACAGUGUACUGCCACUCUGAGGGCGUCUCCAGAGUCUUCUCCAAGUUGGACUACAGUGGGAUCGCCUUCCUGAUCAUGGGCUCGUUCGUCCCCUGGUUGUACUACUCCUUCUACUGCUCCCCUCAGCCCUGCUUCAUCUACCUGAUAGUGGUGUGCAUACUGGGUUUGUCCGCCAUCACCGUCUCCCAGUGUGACUUCUUCGCGACGCCGCAGUACAGAGGAGUCAGAGCAGGAGUGUUUGUGGGUCUGGGUCUGAGCGGCGUGGUUCCCACCCUGCACUUUGUCUUCAGCGAGGGUCUGAUCAAAGCCACCACCAUGGGUCAGAUGGGCUGGCUGUUGCUCAUGGCGACACUCUACAUCACCGGAGCCUGUCUAUACGCCGCUCGCAUCCCCGAGAGGUUCUUCCCUGGCAAGUGUGACAUCUGGUUCCACUCCCACCAGUUGUUCCACAUCUUGGUGGUCGCCGGGGCUUUCGUUCAUUUCCACGGCGUCUCCAACCUGCAGGAGUUUCGCUACACGGCGGGAGCGGGCUGCGCAGAGGACGGCACUCUCUAACACACACACACUGACUCACUCAUUCACUCACACACAUUUUGCGGGGAGGCACUGGUUCUGUUAUGCACAGAAUGACACACACACACACACACACACACACACACACACACACACACACACACACAUGCUCCUCAAAACAUACACACACAUGCUCUCCCCCCAGACUGAAGACCAAAGUGGCUUGUCUGGUGUGUGUGUCUGUGUGCGCAAUACACAGGAUGGCCUCCCAGGGGGCGCUAGUAAAACUGACUGACGAGGGUUUUUGUUCUCUUUGUCUGUCUGUCCAUCCCCACCUCUUCUGGCUGUGUUGCUUCGACUAUAAAAACACUUCCAAGAUGGCGUGUUUUAUAAACCAGUUUUGACACUCUGCUCUUUCCAGGAAGUAUCUCCGUUUGUUUGGGAGGGGGCGAGGCAUUCAAAACCUCCCUCCAAUAAUCCUACAUUUUCUUCUGUGUUGAGUUCUGACAUUUAAGAGUUGAAUGGUUUGAUUCGAAAAAGGAAGCAUAAUUGUGGCUUAAAAAAACAUUUUGCAGUGUUUUUUUGCUGAAUACUGUUUUCCAAGUCACACUUUAGAGCAUUCAAAAACGAAAAAAAAAAGAAAAAGAAUGGCGUGGGAAAUGAAUUUCUUCCAUGAUUGUGAAAGUAGCAGGCAGAGGUGUUGGGAACUGGGGCGGGCAGGGGGUUAACCUUUUCCAUGUAAAUAAGAUUUCUAAAUUUUGGGUUAUAGAUUUGUAUGAAACAUAUAUGAAAAAAGAAUUUAAAAAAAGUUAUAAUAUGACGGCAAGAAUAAAUAAAUAUGUUAGAUGAUAAAUCAGUUGAAGAUGAGGAGGAGAGGUGCUCUAGCAGUGAGGUGCAAUGGAGAGAAUAAUACAAUACUGCGAUUGGAGGGAGGCGCUUCAAACAACUUUAUGUAGUCUGUAUAUGCAAGGAUGAAAGCAGUGGAGGCGAGGAGGAGAUAUAUGGCACAACAUCUGAAUCUUAUCAAAUAAACUUUUCUGACAUAAAAACCUUGAAAUCUAAACGAGGACGCAGCAGAACGACUGUCCCGCCUCUCAGCUAGUUUUUUGUUUGUUACUUUUGUGUUGAACCUGAGCACUGAUCUCAAAUCAGACCUGGGGCCUCAUGAAUAAAACGUUCUCGUGCUUGGAACCGAAUCUAAAGUCUAAACUAUGAUCUAUAAAAGAAUCAUCUUGAUAUGUAGCCAUUUUUCAUGUAUCUUUUUACUGUAAACUGUGACUUAUCUAAAACGAAUUUCCACCUCACCGAUAUAAGUUAAUUCUUUCCUAUGACAUGCCCUUAAAAGAUUUGUUUGGAUAACUUAAAGAUAUUUUUUUAUAAACAAUGGCCCCAGAGUCGUAUAUAUCAUUUUGGUAAAACUGCAGUAUUAUUACAGUACAGAUGCAGUUCACUGUACUCCUCCUCCUCCUCUGUGACACUUGAUAAGUUUCACCUCCACACAUACUCUGUCUGAAAAUGUGUUUUUUUCCCUUUUUGAUUGGAUUGCAUUUUAAUUAAUAUCCACUGCUGUUUUGCAUAUGAUUAUUAUUAUUAUUGCAAGCUUUAAUUUCAACUUUUUUUUCUUUUCUCUUAUUUAUCACUGGUUUCUCUCAUUUGGCCAGAGACCAUGUGAGGUGAGGGCAGAAGUCUCCUCUAAAGAUCUGAUGAAGUUAACUACUUUAAGGACAGAUAUUGAGACUUCACUUGGAGAUUAAAACGACUUUAUAAAUAUAUUUUCUGGCGAUACCAAAACCUCGCACCUGCACAAUGGAAACACUAUUCUGAGCUUAUCAUAAACUGUAUGUCUAUCGUUUGAAAUGUAGGUUUGCAAGUUUCUAUUUGAUGGCUGCUUUUUUUCUGAACAGGAAGUUGAAUAACUGUCAGAGUAAUCAGCAUCUCUUCUUUCAGUUUUCUUUUCUUUUCUGUUUUUAUUUCAUCUAGUUUAUAUUAAUUUAUUUCUCUUGGGGAGCGCAUAUUGUCUGUUGAAGCACACGUUCCGUUCUGAUGGGAGUGUUUGAUUGCAAUAGACCUUUAUAGCUGCUGUAUUGUUCUAAUAAAAAAAAGGUUUUUUGAAUCUG